GGCUCUUGCCAUCGUCAAUUUACACGUGCGUCUGUCCAAAUUACCACUAAUAAAAGUAGCUCUUGAUUGCUCUUGAUACAACGACAAACGCAGUAACAAUAACAAUUUUUAUACGCUGACACAGAAGUUUACUUGUAAUUCAACUUGCAAAUCGUAUGUGAUGAACAUUAUAUAUAGUACGGAUUGAUAUUUGAAAGUAUUGUGAUUAUAAUACGUUGCUCCGGUCUCUUCUCCUCUGGUCAUUUCGGGAGUCAAGAUGUCAGAAGCUUACGAUGCCGACUACGACAAGGAACACCCAAGAAAUCUUAUUCCAGAACUGUGUCGGCAGUUUUAUCAUCUCGGAUGGGUGACUGGUACUGGUGGCGGUAUCUCCAUAAAACAUGAAGAUAAAAUCUACAUAGCUCCUUCUGGUGUACAAAAGGAGCGUAUGAUGCCCAACGACAUGUUCGUGCAAGAUAUCAAUGGAACAGACUUGGAAUUGCCUUCGCCAGAAAAGAAACUGAAGAAGUCGCAAUGCACUCCGCUAUUUAUGUGUGCCUAUUUAAGAAGGCACGCAGAUGCUGUGAUUCACACCCAUUCGAAGUUCGCUGUGAUGGCAACACUGCUAUGGCCUGGGAAAGAAGUCAAGCUCACUCAUCUCGAGAUGAUAAAAGGCAUAUGGAAUCAGAAAGAAGGUAGAGCGUAUCGUUACGACGAGGAGCUGGUAAUACCGAUCAUAGAAAACACUCCUUUUGAGAAGGAUUUAAGGGACGAUUUAGAUCAAACUAUCGUUGAUUACCCUGAGACUUGCGCUGUAUUGGUACGCAGACAUGGGAUUUAUGUGUGGGGCAAUUCUUGGCAACAGGCAAAAACUAUGUAA